AUGCAAUUAUUGAAACCGAAGGGAUCGUCCAAUUUGAGUUGGUACAGCUAUUUCGUGGUAGUUUUAUGUUUAUGCACCAAUGUUAGGGCCAUAACCUGGCCAUGGGAGGAUAGCAGCAGUAGUAGUAGCGACAGCAGUGCCACUAGUUCUAGCAGUGAUAGUUCGUCUACAAAUGGAAUCACCUGGCCAUGGCAAGAUAAUAGUGAUAGCAGCAGUAGCGCUAGCAGUGAAAGUAGCUCUAGCAGUGCAAGUAGCUCUAGUGGUGGAAGUAGUGCUAGCAGUGAAAGUAGCACUAGAAAGAAUCAAUACGCUCCAUAUGAAACAUCCUGUCCUUCGGGAGACAUAUCCAGAGAGGCGAAAAAUAUUUCUUCGUCUGAAAGGGAUUAUAUGUCCAAUAGACAUGAAACGACUAACAAGAAUUUGAUUGGUUUCUUGUCGAAAAGGGCAAACUUGUCAGACUUUGAUGCGAAAAGUUUUAUUAACGAUUACUCUGAUGAACACAAUAUUUCCAUUGGUCUUGCAUUUAGUGGAGGAGGAUAUCGUGCAAUGUUGAAUGGAGCAGGUCAAAUCUUAGGGCUUGACGAUAGAUAUGAUGAGGCAAAAGAGAAUGGUUUAGGAGGCUUGUUACAAAGUUCUAGUUACUUGGCGGGUUUAUCUGGUGGUAAUUGGUUAGUUGGUUCGUUAGUUUUAAAUAAUUGGAUUUCUGUGGCCGAUAUUAUUGAAGGUGAUAUCGAUAUUUGGAACUUGGAGGAUUCCAUUUUCAACCCCAGUGGAAUAAACCUCGUCAAAACGGUUAGAUACUAUAAUAACAUUAGGACUUCUAUUGAAGCAAAACAGGAUGCAGGCUUUGAUACAUCACUUACUGAUCUUUGGGGCAGGGCCUUAUCGCAUCAGUUCUUUCCUGACGAAGAUGGUGGAGAAAAUGUCACCUGGUCCAGCAUUAGAGACUUAUCAAAGUUCUCUGAUUAUGAAAUGCCAUUUCCAAUAGUGAUAGCUGAUGGAAGAACACCUGGAACGUUUAUUAUGGAUUCCAAUUCAUCCGUUUUUGAAAUCAAUCCAUUCGAGCUAGGAUCGUGGGACCCUUCUGUUCAUAGUUUUGUUGACGUUAAAUACGUUGGUUCUUCGAUGAAAAGUAAUGACCCCAAUACCUCGAAGUGUGCUGUUAAUUUCGACAAUGGGGGAUUUAUCAUGGGUACAUCAUCAACCCUUUUUAACCAAGGCCUUUUAAGGAUUUCCAAUACAGGCUUGAAUAAGGCAGUCAAAUCGAUCGUUUCGAGUAUUUUAGGUAAAUUAAGCUAUGCAGAAGAUGACAUUGCGGCUUAUGAACCAAACCCAUUUUAUGAGAAUGAUUUUGGUACCUACAAUUCAAUCUCCACUAAUAAUACUCUUUUCUUGGUUGAUGGUGGUGAAGAUCAACAGAAUAUUCCAUUAUACCCUCUUAUUCAAAACGCCCGUGAUGUUGAUAUUAUUUUUGCUUAUGAUAAUUCAGCAGAUACUGACUCAAACUGGCCUAAUGGUACUUCAUUGGUUCAUACAUAUCGAAGACAAUUCUCGAAGCAAGGAAAAGGUACGCCGUUUCCGUAUGUUCCUUCAGAAGAAACUUUUGUGAAGGAUGAACUAAACAAGCAGCCCGUCUUCUUUGGCUGCGAUGCUGGAAACUUAACAUCAUUACUUGAUUUCCAUAAAAACUCGGAUAUUAACGAAACAGACGUUCCUUUAGUUGUAUAUAUGCCAAAUUAUAGAACGAGCUAUAAUUCAAACACGUCGACUUAUAAAAUGUCGUACGACGAAGAUGAAAAAAUGGGUAUUAUUAAAAAUGGUUUUGAAGUUUCAACAAGUAAUAAUCUUACUGAUGAUAGUGACUGGGCUAAGUGUGUUGGAUGUGCAAUAAUAAGAAGAUCUCAAGAAAGAUUGGGCCAAGAACAAUCUUCUGAGUGUAAAAAGUGUUUUGACAACUACUGCUGGAGUGAUGGUGAAAAAGCUGCCGCAUCAUCAAGUGUCAGUGGUUCUUCCUCUACUUCUGAGAGUAGUUCCACUUCAAAGAGUAGCUCUAAGAGUAGUUCAACCUCACAAAGCAGUUCAAGUGACAAGCCCAAGGAUAGUAACGCUAAUGCAUUGUAUAUUUCGUUGCCUCUUGCAUUUUUCACUUCAUUUAUUAUUGCGUUGUCCCUUCUAGUAUGA